AUGUCCUUCUUCAGCAGAGGAAACACAAAUACCCCGCCUCCCAACCCAUAUAAUCGUCUCAAUAAUGAUUCUACACAUUCUCUUCCUCCGGCGCCGCCAGCGCCACGAUCAAACAUGCGACCACCACCUUCUUCCCAGUACAACCCACCUCCAUCACCGUACAAUGAUCCAUCAAGUGCUCUGUUCGAGAAACGUAGUUACGACAGGAAACCGCCUCCCCGGUCAGGAGGAAUGUUCGGAGUAGCAAGCUCUCCAAGCGAUGCACUUGCAUUAACCAAUUGCUUGAUUGUCCAUCCAUCUGAUUUUGCACUUGGUCAACAUGUCCUCAUUAACGGAGCCUAUGCAUUGACUGGAAUGAUUGGCGCAUCCGCUAUGCAACGCCAAUGGAUCGGACUGUCUCUCUCAGGCGACCAGGCCACCAUCGAUUCGCUGCCAGCACCUCCUCACCCCGCCGCCCCUGCGUAUCUUCAGUCAGUAGACUUGGAAGUCGGAUUUUUGCGCCGCGGGCAUGAAAUCGCAGAGCAAUUCUCAGCUGAUGAGAUGGCUCGGAACUUCGUUAAGGCUUUCAGCGGAAUUCUGCUGUCCCAGGACGAGGUAAUCGUGUUCGAAUUCCACGGCCAGAACUUGAAAGCCACGGUCAAAUUUGUGACAGUUCUCGAGCUGGCAGAUGAACAACGGAAAGGUGUCCCCGCCAACCAGAGGACAAGUAAUCUCCGAAACAUGGGGAUCUUGAUGGAGAAGACAGAUGUUACAUUUUUGAAAGCACCAGAUAGCGCAAUUAAAAUCAAGUCCAGUGCAAAAAAGGCUCCCCCAAAUGCCAUUCUGGCUCCUAAUUUCAAGUUUGAGGAUAUGGGUAUUGGAGGACUGGAUACGGAAUUCAGUGAAAUUUUUCGUCGCGCUUUUGCAUCACGGGUGUUCCCACCAGGCCUCGUUGACAAGCUUGGUAUACAACAUGUCAAAGGUAUCAUUCUUCAUGGGCCUCCAGGGACAGGAAAAACCCUCAUCGCCCGGCAAAUUGGAAAGAUGCUGAAUGCAAGAGAGCCGAAGGUUGUGAACGGUCCUGAGAUUUUGAGCAAGUAUGUCGGUGCUUCCGAAGAAAACAUUCGUAAACUCUUUGCGGACGCGGAGAAGGAGUACAAGGAGAAGGGUGACGAAAGUGGUUUGCAUAUCAUCAUCUUUGAUGAAUUGGACGCCAUCUUCAAACAGCGUGGUUCGACGAACAAUGGAACUGGUGUCGGUGACACCGUGGUUAAUCAGCUGCUCUCUAAGAUGGAUGGCGUUGACCAACUUAACAAUAUUCUAAUCAUCGGUAUGACGAACCGACUCGACAUGAUCGACGAGGCCCUUCUACGUCCAGGUCGUCUUGAAGUGCACAUGGAAAUAUCUCUUCCCGACGAGAAAGGCCGUUACCAAAUACUCAGUAUUCACACUGCCAAAAUGCGAACGAACGGGGUGAUGGACGAAGAUGUCGACUUGCUUGAGCUUGCAUCACUCACCAAAAACUUUUCUGGUGCAGAGAUUGGAGGUCUGAUCAAGAGCGCGACGAGUUUUGCUUUUAAUCGACAUGUCAAGGUUGGCACGAUGGCCGGUAUUUCAGAGGAUGUGGAGAACCUGCGAGUGAACCGAACGGACUUUAUGUCCGCUCUCGAUGAAGUUCAUCCUGCGUUCGGUGUUUCUGAAGAGGAGUUGCAACAGGUGAUACAGAAUGGCAUAAUCCAUUACGAUGCCGCUGUCGACGAGCUGUUGAAGUCUGGUCAGUUGUUCGUAGAACAAGUCAGGUCAUCGACACGCACUCCUCUCGUCAGUAUAUUGCUUCACGGACCUCCUGGAUCAGGCAAGACGGCUCUGGGAGCCUCGAUCGCCCAAGCAUCACAAUACCCUUUCAUCAAGCUCAUAUCUCCCGACAAUAUGGUUGGGUUCUCCGAGUCGGCCAAAGUAACAGCCAUUACAAAGGUGUUUUCAGACAGUUACAAGAGUCCACUCAGUGUAGUGGUGGUAGACAAUAUCGAGCGACUUAUAGAUUGGACGCCGAUGGGUGCCCGAUUCUCGAACGCUGUGCUACAAACGCUUUUGGUUCUGUUCAGCCGAAGGCCACCAAAAGGUCGUCGUCUACUUAUCAUAGCCACAUCAUCACUGCGGCCGAUCCUUACAGAUCUCGGACUUUCAGAAACGUUUGAUUCAGAAAUGAGGGUGCCGCCGAUUUCCAAUCUCAAGGCUCUGGAGCGAGUUUUGCGGGAGGUGGAAUUAUUCCCGAGUGGUGACGAGCGCAGACGAGCACUCCGGAUGUUGGAAGAUGCCGGAUUGGGUUCCAGUAAAGACCAACUCAGCUCGAAGCUACAGAUUGGGGUAAAAAAGCUUCUUAGUAUUAUCGAGAUGGCGAGGCAGGAGCCAGAGAACGUGGCUGAGCGGUUAGCAGGUGCGCUGAUGGGCUUGGGGAUGUGAGAUGGAUUCUUUUAGAUUGUACGACCAAUGGAGACUUGUAUUAUACCUUCACAAGCACACUACUAACUGCGAGGACACUGUAGUUUGUGCAUGCCGACUUACGCAUUGCUGGCGGA